AUGGUUCGAGUAUCUCGGAGACCUGCCUCGGUAUUAGCCAGGCGUAGUCCGAGCAAGAUUGCCAAACGAAAUGCACGAAAGCAUAAGGUGAUCUUGGAAUCCAUUACGCAGGAGAAAAAGAAGCUACGGAGUGUUAUAUCCUUUGAAGCCACCGCUCCCCCUGGUUACACCUUUAUCCCGGCAGGAAAUCCCCACCUGACGAUGGCAUGUAAAGAAUUAUGUCGACAAGAUGAGCUGAAGGUGUAUGCAGUCAGUACGACUCCUCAUAUGAAUACUCACAACCUUUCCCAACAUGUGCACCGUAUUGGGUAUCACUUUCCCAGUGCUAUUGUUGCAACUGUGUGUAUGGAUCUUGGCCUAUACCUCGCAGCAAAUGGAAAAGCAAUCCCAUUCCACGACUUGGGUAACCAGGCAAGCCGAAGACGCACUAACUCGGAAGCUUCUCAGAUAACUAUAAACACUGAAGCCAGGGACGUGCUCAAAGAUCUUUUCCCAAAUAUUCCAGAUAAUGACCUAAAUCAGAUCAUCAAAACAGCAUUUCAAAAGGGUCAACGCAAAGUAGGUACAGCAGUUGAGCUACCCCUAACACGCCGUGCUCAAUUAGCCGUGGUUGCCCAUAUCCGGCAUAUUUAUACAGAUUACGAUCGUCUUCUCAAAUCCACGUCUUUCCAUGAGGCCAGAAGCACGGUUGAAGAGCCCACGUUAGCCAAGCUUGUGGAGUGGAGAGGCGACGAUGAAAAUGGCAAAAAAGUUCUUGAGGACGUGUUUCGUGAAGUCAUUGUUAUAUCUGAUGAUGAGGACAGUGACACCGAGGGAGAAAACCAACCUCGCAAUGAUCGAGAUUAUAGCGUGGAGGUUGUUUCUAGCAAUCCUCGUGUCGAGGAACUCCGGACAAGACCCAUCAACUUGGCAAACCCUACUCUCCGCGGGACUCAGGUAGAGAUACCGGAGGAUGAAGCUUUACCGGGGUUUCGUUUUGUUCCGGAGAUUCCUAAGAAAGCUAAAAUUGACCGCCGAGGUUUUAGCAGAUAUCAGGCUUGGGACCGUGCCAUCAAUCGGUAUAGAAAUACCACCAGUGGUCCGGCUCAUCAGCCACCCUUAUACCCUCCUCGAAAGCCAUUACAGGAAAGUCUUUCUUAUGAGGGAGAGCCCUCUCUGCGCCGGCCUCCGGACUCUUGCCGCCUUUCUGCAGCCCCAUACGCUGUAUCUAACCCAGGACCAGCCGCUAGUGGUUUGAGCAGGUCGCCGCUCAACCCUGUGGUAGAACAUCAUCAAUAUGGCCUGUUUCCCCCGGUGGAACUGCCACACAAGAUAAACGACGCGCCUCUUUACCCUGGCGUGGUAAGACUAGAGCGAGUACCAGUUUCUGAUCAAGGAAAACAUCCUCCCAUCCAGCGACCUGACUCGCCAACCAGACCUAUUUUUGUUACUGCCUCUAGGGAUAUCCGUGAGAGGAACGAUGACUAUUCCAGGGCCCCUCCCCGGCCACUAGGACCCUUGCACAGCGCAAAUUUCAACCCACAGGACCGUGUGCUACCUUCUGUUGAGAGCCCUUUGCCUAUGGAAAUAAAACGUCCAAAUAGUGGCCACAUAGACCAGCUAACUCAACGGAUGUCAGGAGCAUUCUCUUUCCGCUCAGAAACACCAAAGCGUCCAGCCUACCAGGGAUUCCCUUCUCCUAAAUUUGAAGAUCCUAACCGAGACCACGCUCCUAAAAGAAGGCGCAUGACUCACCAUGAAACAGCUAUACAGAGGAGCCCGUGUUCUGGAAUUGUUACUACCACCGCUGUGGAAUACUACCCAGGUGGUCGGUACGCGAUAGCGGGACAAUCUUCAGGCCAAAUUGAACCCUCUUGUAGGAGAUAUGUCGCCCCAGUUGAUGGCCUCCAUAUUGCGGAACGUCCACCAGGGAGUGCCCUGGAUCUAGCCACUUAUCCCACUCAACUUAACCGUUCUCCCCAGUUUAUGACGCAUCAAGCGCCGACUAAGCGUUACAAUGGCCAUUUAUCCUCCCACAGCCGUCCUACUGAGUCUUACACUCAUCCCCGGUCUCCAAACCAAACCCAUAUUGUAUCAGAUACAAGGCCUCCCAUACCCCUAGGCAGUGGCUACGAUGGAGCUAUUCCAGCUAGGUUGCCAGAUUCAAGAGAGCCACGCAUCUAUCGCAGUGUACCUAGUUAUAAUGUUGGUGAUGUCCGGCCGCUUGAUGUAACACAACCGCAGAAUGACCCUAGUUGGAGGAGGAACCCAGAUCCCCAGCGUGUUCUUGUGCCAUACAGGUCCGCUGAAAAGGAAGGCCUUUAUGCCGAUGGUUUUGUCCGUACUGUUGAUAUGCACGAACCUGGUAGAUUGGAGUACCCACCAGUUCGCCGUCAGCCAUCCAGCAAGCUUGUGGAUAGCCCCCCUCAGGCGGUUAAUUCUAGGGUUCAUAGCCAUCAACAUCGGCGUGUUCCAUCGGAUAGUGUAAUGUCCGUACCCGCCCGUGCGCGAGUUCAGCUGGACUCACCAGCCAUAUCUCCUUCUCAGCAAUAUCCAGUGGUUGAUGAUCGAGGCGCAAGAUACCAUGAUAACAGGCCCUUCCGGACUCCACCUAUAACCCAUCAGUAUGAGAGAAGAUACGAAGAUACUCUACCCCCUCCACGGUAUGAUGACAACCAGGAUCCUUCCCGCUAA